UUGGAGGGUACUCUUAUCUUUGUUGCUCUGAUUUGAUUUCUGCAAUUCACUUUUUGGAUUGAGAAAUGGUGAGAGCUCCAUACUUUGAUGCGAAUGGAAUAAAGAAAGGUGCCUGGAGUGAAGAAGAGGAUAAGAAACUUACUGCUUAUGUUGAGAGAUAUGGUCACCCUAAUUGGCGUCAACUCCCAAGGCUUGCAGGUUUGUUGAGAUGUGGAAAGAGCUGCAGACUUCGUUGGAUGAAUUACUUGCGGCCAAAUCUAAAGAGAGGGAACUACACCCAAAAGGAAGAGCAGCUUAUCAUGGAUUUGCAUAAACAACAUGGAAACAAAUGGUCACUGAUUGCUGAAAAUCUACCUGGAAGAACAGACAACGAGAUCAAGAACUAUUGGCAUAGCCACCUGAAGAAGUUCCAAAACUGCAAUGUGAACAACACAGCAAGUGAUGAUGAUGAUGAUGAUUUGAACAAGUCCAAGUCCAAGUCCAAGUCUUCUUCUCAGAAUACCAAAGAACAUGAAAGACCAAAAAGUGAAGUCCUUACUAUUACUACUGUUGAUGAUAACGAUGAUGAUUCACACCAUAUCUUGGAAAGUUCGUUAUCCAAUGUGACAACUGAGUCUUCCUAUUCGUACACUGAAGAAGAAGAAGACAACAACAACAACAACAACAAUAAUGCAUGGCUCUGCUUUUCCUCUGGUCAUGAAGAAGAGUCAAAUAGGGAAGAAGAUAGGUUUGCUUCGUGGGGUGCAACAACUUUGUUUGAUGAGUUUGGUUCCAGUUUUUGGACCGAACCAUUUAUUUCAGAUGAUGCUUUUAGUCAAGAUUACAAUUACAUUUUGUAUGAUAGAGAAGAUCCUUUUUUCAUUUGAUAAAAAUAUACCCCUUUUGUUUGUUUUAAA